AGGAUCGGGGGGGGGGUGAGGGACUGGGAGUGUUGUGUGAAAAGAGUGCAGGCCAACGAGCGAGACAAAAGAGGCUGCGGCUGCAUUGAAUGUGCUGGUGGUGUGUCCGUCUCCGAAGCCACAAGCAAACCACAUUUCUCUCCCCCCACCACCGCCACCACCACCCCUCCACCGCUCUCUCUCUCUCUCGCUCUCCCUGUGGCCCAUAUACGCUACAGGACGGCGAAGAAAAUAUAUCGGAGAGGGAAAACCCAAUUGCGAUAUCGUAAUUGCUGGAAGCGCGAAGUUGAGGACUUGGAAGAAAGCUCCCCUGGACCGGGUGUUUCUCUCUCCUCUCCCCCGUCCUUAGCUACUACACGUCGAGUGCGGUGCGGUGUGGGGUUGGAGAUAUAACCCAGAACAAAGGAGUCUUGGAAGCAAGGAAUGAGCGAGCCGAGACUAGCUUUGCCAUUACGUUUGAAACCGGGCCAAAUGCCUCUCUGAGACCGACAAUAGUAUAUCGGCUGCUCGUAUUUCUUGACGAAGCUUUCCGCCCCGAGAGGGAGAAAGAAGAAGGACAAAAAUCGCACACGGGAGACGCACAAGUCGGCGGCUACAAUGUUUCCUCAAAACCGACCACCGGCACCUCUGCAGCCACCCCCUGGGUCAUCGGCCUCAGUGGUGGCAGCCGCGGCAGCAGCAGCCGCGGCGGCAUCAGGGACUCCCCAGUCGCUGAAACUUACCUACCCAGAAACUUUGGACCGCAUUAAGGAGGAGUUUCAGUUCCUCCAGACCCAGUACCACAGCUUGAAACUGGAGUGUGAGAAACUGGCCACAGAAAAGACUGAGAUCCAGAGACACUACGUUAUGUAUUAUGAGAUGUCCUACGGCCUUAACAUUGAAAUGCACAAACAGACGGAGAUUGCCAAGCGGUUGAAUGUGAUCUGUGCUCAGCUCAUCCCAUUCCUGUCACAGGAGCACCAACAACAGGUGGUCCAGGCCAUGGAACGCGCCAAACAGGUGACCAUGGGGGAGCUAAAUGCUUCGAUAGGGGUACGUGGGCUCCCCCCUCUGCCUCAUAGCCAGCAGCUCCAGGCACAGCACCUCUCCCAGCACGCCCAGGGUUUGCCAGUGGGCCCACACCCAUCAGGACUGCCCCACCCUGGCCUGGCGCUUGGCGGAGGAUCCAGCCUGCUCGCCCUAUCCGGGGCUCUGGGGGCCCAGCUGGCCGCCAAGGAUGAGAGAGCCCACCUUGAGGCAGCAGCGGCCGCUGCUGCUGCGGAGCACCACAGAGACCGUGAAGCAGGACCAAGCUCUCUCUCCAAUGGGGAUAAGGGUCGCGCCGCAGACUACCUCAGCAACGGGAAGAAGAGGAAAGCUGAUGAGAAGGAGUUCAUGACAGACUAUGGCAGCGAUGCGGAUAAGAGUGAUGAUAAUUUGGUGGUGGAUGAGGACCCGUCGUCCCCCCGCAGCGUGCAGUCCUACUCGUCCAGGGAGAACGGCUUGGACAAGAUGCCUCCGUCUCGUAAAGAAGGCCCACCACAGGCCAGUCCCACCUCCCUGGCCUCCUCCAGCAGCGCCACCUCCCCCUCCCGCGGCAAAGAGCCCCCACAGAGGGAGAAGUCCAGCACUCCAGGUAUGAAGCCGGGGACCCCUAUGUCUCAGGAGUCCAACACCCCGGGUCCAAGCGGACCCCCGCAGUUCAGACCUGUCCCGGGCAAGCCUGGCGUCGACCCCCUCGCUCUUGGUCUCAGAAACCCUCUGGCGGUGCAGGGAGCAUAUCCUCCAGGGGCCUUUGGACUUCCUCCUCCAGGGGUGAACGGGGACCUGCCCGGGGCGGCGGGCUACGGUGCAGGCCUCCACUUGGUCUCCCCCCAGAUGAAUGGAGCUGCAGCGGCGGCGGCAGCAGCUGCCGCAGGCUACGGGCGGUCCCCUGUGGUGGGCUAUGAGUCCCCACACCCACAUAUGAGGGUCCCUGGGCUGUCUGCCAGCCUGCAGUCAGCCGCCUCCGGAAAACCCGCCUACUCGUUCCAUGUGAGCGCAGAUGGACAGAUGCAGCCGGUGCCCUUUCCCCCAGACGCCCUGCUGGGCCCGGGAAUCCCUCGCCACGCCCGUCAGAUCCACACCCUGAACCACGGAGAGGUGGUGUGCGCCGUCACCAUCAGCACCUCGACGCGCCACGUCUACACCGGAGGCAAGGGCUGCGUCAAGGUGUGGGACAUCAGCCAGCCGGGCAGCAAGAGCCCCAUGGCCCAGCUGGACUGUCUGAACAGGGAUAACUACAUCCGCUCCUGCAAGCUGCUCUCCGACGGGCGAACCCUGAUCGUAGGCGGAGAGGCCAGCACGCUGUCAAUCUGGGACUUGGCCACGCCCACUCCCCGCAUCAAGGCGGAGUUGACGUCGUCCGCCCCCGCCUGCUACGCCCUGGCCAUCUCCCCCGACAACAAGGUCUGCUUCUCCUGCUGCAGUGACGGCAACAUCGUCGUCUGGGACCUUCACAACCAGACGCUGGUCAGGCAGUUCCAGGGCCACACAGAUGGAGCGAGCUGCAUCGACAUCUCCAACGACGGCACCAAGCUGUGGACGGGUGGGCUGGACAACACAGUCCGCUGCUGGGACCUCCGGGAGGGACGGCAGCUCCAGCAGCAUGACUUCACCUCGCAGAUCUUCUCUCUGGGCUACUGUCCGACAGGCGAGUGGCUGGCUGUGGGAAUGGAGAGCAGUAACGUGGAAGUCCUGCACGUCUCCAAACCUGACAAGUACCAGCUGCACCUCCACGAGAGCUGUGUUCUCUCCCUCAAGUUCGCCUACUGCGGUAAAUGGUUCGUGAGCACGGGCAAAGAUAACCUCCUCAAUGCGUGGCGGACACCUUACGGAUCCAGCAUAUUCCAGUCUAAGGAGUCCUCGUCGGUCCUCAGCUGCGACAUCUCCCCCGACGACCAAUUUAUCGUCACUGGCUCCGGGGACAAGAAGGCCACAGUCUACGAAGUCAUCUACUGAACUCUGAUUGGCUGAAAAAGUAAAACUAAUAAUCAGGGGGUGGAGCCAAGGCUCUCUCCUGCACCAAUGACUGUACAGAGCGUCGGUGGCAUGGAAAACAAGAGACACUCAACUCGUACUUUGUUGUUUUGUUUACGUUUGUGAAAGAAAUGAGAAAGAGAAGCAAGGGGGGCACAAAGUCACAUCUCUGGAAAAAAAAACAAACUUUGAACUUUGUUUCUAAUGCUCUGAGAACGCUGGUUAGUCUAUAGCUGCGCAAAUGUGGGAUUCCUCCAAAGAACUUUUUUGUUUUGUUCCUUUUUUUCCCUUUUUUU